GGGGGAGCGUGGGGGGGUUGAAUUAAUAGUGGGGCUGAGUUGGAGGACGAGAAACCGGGAAUCCCGAGCGAGAGAAAUGACAUUUCCUUAAAAAAAAAAUGUUUGCGUUACUCAAAGUCCGCUUUUUUGUGACCCAAUAGAAAUAGCUUCAAUGCUUUGACGGUAGAUCCGCUCCAGGAAAGAAGAGCUAAGGAAUGCCCGGAACGGGAAACAGAGGAUCCUACCAACAGUUCAACGAUGACGAUUACGACAAUGAUAAAGGGAACGGUCAGUCUCAAGACUCUUUUGAUGAGAUCGAUGACGAUGUGGUACCUGUGGAGUCCAACGGCAACGCCGCACGAGGGGGUGACAUAAGAGGCAACAUCCCACCGAAGAGAUUCAGCAAAACCUGCGUGAAGAACGUCUUCACUGUGCUGCUCAUCUUCAUCUACCUGGUGCUGACUGCCGUGGCCAUUUUCCUAGCCUACCAGACUAUCUCCGACUUUUUGAAUAAACUCAGUCAGCCUGUCAUGUCUGUCAGCUACAAGGAAGUGGACUCAUUCCCGCCUCCUGGUAUCGCUCUGUUCCCUGGCAAUGCUCAGCUGCUGAGCUGCAAACAUCACUACCACGACUACAUCCCACCCAUAGUGGACCCUGGAACGCCUCAAGAACAGGACUGUGAGAUGACAGAAGUGACUUAUUUUGGGCCGUUCACAGACCAGAAACAGAAAAGAGCCGUGGUGGUCCGUGGCCCAUCGGACGUGAAGAACAGAGAGCUGAUCUUCAUGCAGUUCAGUCAGAAUGAAACCCAGGAGGACUUCAGUGCCAUUUCAUAUAUGCUUUUUGCUAAGUAUAGCGACUUGAUUGAAAGUGCAAACAAGUCCGAGUUUAUGAGGGACUGUGAGCGAAAUUACUCCAUGUGGACCUUCUCCGGGGGAUUCAGGACCUGGGUCAAGAUGUCUUUAGCAAAAACAUCUGGGAGAAACAAGGAAGCGGUUGAGUUUCGGCAAGAGUCCGGAGUGGUGAAGUUUAACGAUAAGAGGCCUGAAGCAGACCAAAAGGAUCAACUCUUCUUUGUUGUCUUUGAAUGGCGAGAUCUCUACAUUCAGGAAAUCAGGCUGAUAGUGACUGCGAAUCCCUGGAGCUCCGUGGGGAUCCUCUGCGCUGUCUUCAUGGCUCUCUUCAAGGCUGCAAAUUUCGCUAAACUCACUAUAACAUGGAUUAUUAAGAUGCGUAAGAGGCAUCUGAGGCAUAAAGCAAGGGAACUAAACCCAGUGAGCUAACACACAUUGGAGGAAACCUCUGCCUGCACAAAUGGACAGAAUUCCCAUGAUGAUAAACAAACAAGUGAUCGAUCUUUUUUUCAAUGCAACUCUUGAUGCCAUGAUGAACAGUAUUUUUUAUAAUAGGAGAAAAUGGUUUAUACUUGGGCAACAUUUCUUGAAACGCAAUAUUUUUAUACACGAAACGGGCUGUAUUUUAGCAUUUUAGAUUUUUCAACCACUUAAAUGUAUCUUCUGUAUAACAGUAGAUAUUUUGUUUCAUUUCUAAACAUUUCUGGAAUGACAGUUUUGCACAUGUACGAUUAAGUUGCUGAGAGAUGAAAUGCUUUAAAAGUCUUUUUGUAUAUAUUUUUAGUAUGUUGAGCUCGUGUAACUGAGAAACAAUGCUUGAAGCCAGAGUUUUGUGGCAAUGA